UUUCUUUUCUCUCUGUAUAGAUAGGGCUUUGGAGUCCGACUAUUCUGAUCAUCCAAAAAUAAAGAAAUCUCAAGCAGUUGAUAGAGCUUUGGAGUCCGACCCUUCAGAUCAUCCAGAAGGAAAGAAAUAUCCAGCAGAUGAUAGAGCUUUGGAGUCCGACCCUUCUGAUCAUCCAGAGGGAAAGAAGUAUCCAGCAGAUGAUAGCGUUUUGGAGGUCCGACCGUUCUGAUCAUUCAGAAACAAAGAAAUCUCAAGCAGUUGAUAGGGCUUUGGAGUCUGACCCUUCUGAUCAUCCAGAAGGAAGGAAAUACUCAGCAGAUGAUAGUUCCUUGGAGUUGAACUCUUCUGAAGCAUGGACAUCCCAAACAGAUAGUUCCUUGGAGUUGAGCUCUUCUGAAACAUGGACAUCCCAAACAGCACAAGAAAUAGGAGAAAACAGCCUUAGAAACCAUAUAUAUAUGGAUCAUUUUUCUUGGAAAUUCAGUUCAUGCUCGACAAUUUUUCUUGAAGACAGCACAGCCAGCUGCCCUGAUUUUGAAAUGACACUACACUAUGUCGCCUUGGAGUUUUAUUUUCUUACCAAGGAAAGAAAAGGAAUUGUAUCUUUCACAAUAUUUGAUGAACGUGUAUACCCAUUGGAAGACAAAAUGGAAAAAUACAUUAGGUGUGAUCCUUCACAGACAAUGAUUUACGAAUUUAUACGUUCCCUGUUUUAUGUAAAAAUUCUAAAUGUUGCUGAUGUCAUCAAAAGUAGGGUGUACAUCCAAAGACUUCUACAGUGUGCUCCUAUGUACAUUCGUCCAACCACCUGGAGGAGGAUUAUCCUUGGAGCCUUUCUUGUUGUCAUCAAGGUUGGGAGCAAUGUGGCCGUGUGCAAUGAGGACUUAUGCAUGCGCUUUGAGAAAACUACAGUUGACGAUCUGUGAGUUUGUAUGGUUUUUGUGAACUUUCUAACCAUUUUUGGAUACUUUGUUUGCUCCCAUAAACUUAAACACUUUGAGAAAUACUUUUAAAGGUUACAUUAUGCAGAUAAUAAAAAUGGGCUUAAAUACCACUCUUUCUUUCUCCCCGGUUUUAGAAGAAUAGUUCAUAUUUUUCACUAUUCAUUGGUAGGUCUUGGUAAAUUGCCAUUGUAAUAAUCUCGUAAAUGGAAAAGUAUUUUUCUGGUGAAUGUUUUUGGCAAAUACCUUACCAGUGUACAGUGAGAAGCAUAAUAGUACAGUCAAUUUUCUUACGGCUUUUACAAGCUGUCUGCAAGUUCUAGUCUCUUUGUGAGGAGCGCACAUCUGGUCUUUGAAAUAAUUGUUUGCCCAUUGACAGGUCUGGGGCCUCUGCAUUGUGAAGUAUAGCUUCACCCUGAGCCAUACAUUGUGUAUUUGCAUUUGCCAGUGUUCUCCCACUUUUCUCUAAAGAUCCGUUUUAUAGAAACCUUGAGAUAUGGAAUAGCCACAGUUCCCUGUGCCCUGUCCUUUCCCGAUUAGGAGCAUUGCAUCAUUGGGCUGAUGAGUUAGAAGUUCUAGUGUUCCCCUCAGGCAGUCUGAGAAACAUUGCUGGGGCAUCACCCAAUGCUCACCACACUCAGGAGGUUCCCAGGGCAUUAAUGCAACCACAGCAGCACUUGGAGGGCCCCAAGUUAUCUGUGAGAAUGCAAAAAAUCUUGCUAAAUCAUGGGGUUGCUCAUAGAUGGCAACAGGACACUGAAACAGGAGCUUCAUGGGUCUUUCUUUCAGUCUGGCCUCAUGACUGCUGUAAAGGGAAGGGUCUUGGAGCUGGUUGGUAGGGUGCACCAGGGAGGCAUUUCCAGCACAGGCUCUCACAGUGUUUGCUAGACAGUGAGAAUUGCUUUGUGGGUGACACUUAGGAAAAUCUGAAGGAACACCCCUUGAUGACAUAGAAGCAUAUGAAGAUGAAGAUCCUCAGGCUGUGGCAAGAGGUUUUAGUUUUUCGGUUUGUUUGUUUCUUUGUUUUUACGUUUGCCAGAUAAGACUGUGAUUCAGGAUGUAUGCAGUCACAAAUAGAAGUCUCCGCCAAUUGUGCUCCCCACAGGAAUAACAACUUUAGCAACUAUCUAAAUUUAAAAGCACCUCCAUAAGAACUGAAAAUUAUUUAAAUGUUCAUAUGACGUGACUGAACAGCGUAGAAAAGAC